AUGUCCCUGACGCCCAUUACACAACCUAACGCCACACCCUGUAUCCUGCCCCUGUCUGCCGUGGUCCUCAUCAGGAUCGUCUUCAGUCAGGGCGGGGACCCGCCUCCUGACGAGCUGCUGCUGCUACUGCUGCUUCGUGCAGCUGCGGUAAUGCCGCCCCUGCCGCUGCCGCUGCCCAUGCCGCCGCACCCGCAGCUCCACGUCGCUGCCACUCUACUUCGCGGCAGAGGCGGGCGCCGCCUUCGUCGCCUCCACUGCGACGACUGGGGUGGUCGCAGGCAGCAUCGAGAUGCCAGGCUUGAGAAGAGUGUCGUCGCCUACAGCCGCAUUUCCGGCUUGACGGUUGGGCAUCACGGUCGACGCGAACAGCAUCAAGGGUGGCCCUUCAAUGGGCGUGUUGUUGUGCGCAUCCAUGGCGGCGGCUGGCGCGGCUGA